AUGUGUGACCAAACCUUUGCGCUCAAUAUUUUUGGGCCGUGCGACAUUUGUAACAAAGAGAAAGUUCUCCAGCAAAUAUACUGCAAAUCGGAGAAACGCAGCUGCUGUUCGUUCUGCAUAAAACAGAUGGCAACCGAGGGGCUGCAGGAGAAGGAGAGCCUGGCCGUGCUCAAGACCGAGGCGGAGAGUCUCAAGGGCAAGCUGGAGGAGGAGAGGGCCAAGCUGCACGACGUGGAGCUGCACCAGGUGGCGGAGCGCGUGGAGGCUUUGGGACAGUUUGUGAUGAAAACACGGAGGACCCUGAAAGGCCAUGGGAAUAAAGUCCUCUGUAUGGAUUGGUGCAAGGACAAAAGAAGAAUUGUCAGCUCAUCCCAGGAUGGGAAGGUGAUUGUUUGGGAUGCCUUCACCACCAAUAAGGAGCACGCGGUGACAAUGCCAUGCACAUGGGUGAUGGCGUGUGCAUAUGCUCCAUCUGGAUGCGCCAUUGCAUGUGGUGGUCUGGAUAACAAAUGCUCUGUAUACCCUCUGACCUUUGAAAAAAACGAGAACAUGGCCGCUAAGAAGAAAUCGGUCGCUAUGCAUACUAACUACUUGUCAGCUUGCAGUUUCACUAAUUCUGACAUGCAGAUCUUGACUGCAAGUGGUGAUGGUACCUGUGCCCUCUGGGACGUUGAAAGUGGGCAGCUUCUACAGAGUUUCCACGGACAUGGGGCAGAUGUCUUGUGCCUGGAUCUUGCUCCUUCGGAAACAGGGAACACAUUUGUGUCGGGGGGAUGUGAUAAAAAAGCAAUGAUCUGGGACAUGCGGACCGGGCAGUGCAUUCAGUCCUUCGAAACCCAUGAGUCGGAUAUUAAUGGUGUCAGAUACUACCCAAGUGGAGACGCCUUUGCCUCUGGCUCAGAUGAUGCCACAUGCCGUUUAUAUGACCUCCGAGCGGACAGAGAGGUGGCUAUUUAUUCCAAAGAAAGCAUCAUCUUUGGGGCGUCCAGUGUGGAUUUUUCUCUUAGUGGACGCUUAUUAUUUGCGGGCUACAAUGACUACACCAUAAACGUUUGGGAUGUUCUGAAAGGAUCGCGCGUCGCCAUUUUGUUCGGUCACGAGAACCGCGUUAGCACUUUGAGGGUUUCGCCCGACGGGACUGCGUUUUGUUCUGGAUCGUGGGAUCACACUCUGAGGGGUAUCUGA